AGAAUGUAGGACAGCAAACAGUUCUGGCGCACUUUUGAUUAUCACUUUUGUUUUUUUCCUACUCUGGUAGUCAAUGGGUGUUGAGAUCUGUUUGGUUAUAUAAGCAUUAUUCCAAAUAUAUUUCUCUGUGUUCAUCAGAACAAAGAAAUUUAUACACAUUUGGAACAACUCAAGGUGAGUAAAUGAUGACAGAAUUUUCAUUUUUGAGUGAAGUAUCCCUUUAAGAGUUUCAACACUUACAAUACUGGAAUUGGCCCAUAGUUUGUGCUAAAAUCUGUAUCCGCUAAAAAAUCUGUGCAUUCCUUUUGGUAUCAUGGUUUAUGCCUAAGUAAUAACAUGGUAUUACUAAUUUACUAUGUUUUUUGGACGUAGUUAUGCUAUCUUUUGAAGACAUACCAAUACAAUGAUGUAUGUCACAGUACCAUGGCAUUGCCUGCAUAUAUAACGAAAUUGUGAUGGACCAUGCAGAAUGCUUGCUUAAUCCAUUUGUGGUUCACUAAAUAAAACACAUGUCUAUUUCCAGGCUGAAGAAGACCUGCGGCAAAAUAAAGCAUGUCCAGUUCAUGCAGUUGACCAGACUGUACACACAGAUGAGGAGAAGGCAAUCCGUGAGGUUGUGGAUAGUGUGCUCUGGGAGAUGGCUGCAGACAGAAAAACUACUGCACUCAAACAGUUGCAAGGCCACAUGUGGAGAGCAGCCUAUCUGAUGGGGAAAAUUAAAGGCGAGGUGUACCCAGACGUGGUACCAGCCAUCAGACAGUGGAGGCAUCAUGGUUUGCAGAUCUACAUCUACUCCUCAGGAAGUGUGGAGGCACAGAAGCUACUGUUUGGCUAUUCUGUUGAAGGAGAUCUAUUAGAUCUGUUUGAUGGUCACUUUGACACAAACAUUGGUGCCAAAGUUGAAAGCAAAAGCUAUGAAAACAUUGCAGAGAAGAUUGGCUGCCAACCAGAGGAGAUCAUGUUCUUAACCGAUGUCACACGAGAGCGAAGCGCAGAGGAUGCUGGCGGUGAAUGUGGCAGUAGUAGUACGACCUGUAACAUGGAGUUAACUGAAGUGAAAGGAACAAGUAUAGGAUCUCACAUCUUUCAACCAGUUGGAACUGAGUGGAAAUGUUGA